AUGUUUGCUGACUUGUCGGCGUUGGGUGCUUUCUUCAUUCCAGAGUCGAUUCACUUGGAGAUGAGCUCAUUGGUGGAGCUGACACUGGCACACAACAAUCUAUCGACCAUUCCAAAUCUAUCGGGACUGUCGUCACUCGAGAAACUUGGACUUCAAGGAAACCGUCUAAUGGCAAUCUCACAGGAGGAGAUCGUACUCAAUCUACCGAUAUCAUUGAAGGAGUUGAACUUGGCAUCCAAUCAACUGACCGAUCUACCAACAUCGAUUGUUAAACUCUCAAAUUUGAAUACUCUCUGUAUUUCCAAUAACAAUUUCAAGACACUGCCAAGUGUAUUGUUGGAUAGCAAAUACGAAUCGCUGACCUCUUUGAACAUCUCUAGUUGUCGUUACCUGGAGGUAUUCCAUAUACCAACUGCACUGGUUUCACUGACGACUUUUAUUGCCACUGGAUUGGAGCGUAUUGCAGUGUUGCCCGAGGAAAUUGGAAGAUUGUCGACCCUGGAGUGUUUGGAUCUUUCAGAGAAUGACUUUACCACCGAUGGUCGUUUGCCAUGGUCUAUCACUCAACUCGUAAAUCUCAAGGAGCUAUCACUCAAUCAUUCGAAACUGGCAAACUUCCCAUUGCAAAUAUUAAAUCUUGUCAAUCUUAGAAAACUCUCACUCUCCAAUAACCUAUUCACGAAACUACCCAACGAUAUCUCACCACUCCACAAUCUUGUAGAGUUGAAUCUCUCGAACAACCGCUUGGAAAAUGUUCCUUCAUCGAUUGGACAACUCGAGAAACUUCAGGUUCUCAGUAUACAACAUAAUCAAAUCAAAGAGUUGAAACCCUCGAUGGGAUUGUUGCCGUUGGAACACUUGGCAAUCCAAGGUAAUCCACUGAGAACACCUCCACCUGAAAUCAUAGCGAAAGGCACAGUUAGUAUAUUGAAAUUCCUCAAGGAUUUGACCAAGGGACAAGAGGAAUGUUAUCGUAUGAAAUUGAUGGUUGUCGGUCAGGAGAAUGUAGGAAAGACAACGUUGAUCAAGGUGUUGAGAGACAAGAAGAAGAUAAAGACGCUAUUGGCACAACCAAAUGUAUCGACCGAUGGUAUUAUCAUUGAUGAUUGGGUGUUGUCUGGUGGUCAAGUGAAAACCAAGUCAAAGACCGUCGACAAUAUCACUCUGACGACAAUGGAUUUCGCAGGACAAGAAGUUUAUUAUACAACUCAUCAGUUCUUCCUUUCGGAACGUUCCAUCUAUAUUAUCGUUUGGAAUACACUGAAGGAUGAGGAGCAUUCACGUGUUGAAUUCUGGUUGCAAUCGAUCACUACACGUGCACCAAAUUCCGCAAUCAUCAUUGUUGGCACUCAUCUCGAUGAUCUACCUUCGCAAAGCUCAGCCAAGACCAUCAAGAAGCAAAUGGAGGAAAAAUACUGCAAGCGAUUCCCAAACAUCAAGGAAAUCAAGCUGGUUAGUUGCACCUCUGGAAAAGGAUUGACAAGUCUGCGUGAAACCAUCGAGCAAAUUGCCAGUGCUCAGCCAAACAUGGGUGAAAUACUACCCAGUAGCUAUCUACUGCUAGAGAAUCUGGUCAAAGAGGAACGUCGAGUAAGAACCAUCCCCACAAUGUCGUGGGCUGAAUUCGUUCAACUUGGUAAGCUCUGCACAAUCAAUGACGAAGAUGAGUUGGUGCGUGCCACUAUUUUCCUGAAUCAAAUUGGAUCGCUCGUUUACUUCCCGAAUGAAGAGGGUUUGAAAAAGAUUGUUAUUCUCGAUCCCCAGUGGAUCACUCUGAUGCUGGCGUCUAUCAUCACAGUCAAGCAUAACUAUACCAACCAGGGAGUGAUUCUCCAUAGGGAUUUGAAACAUAUUUGGAAGGCACCUUUCUAUCCACAGGAAUUGCAUCCACAUCUUCUGACACUUUUGGAAAAGUUUGAAAUUUCCUUUAACUUCCAAGGAAAGACUAGUUCUGGACAGUUACAAGAUGUAGUGCACGAUGACAAUGCUCGUUCUCUGAUUCCCGCGCUACUUAGCAAUGAAUGUCCGUCGGAAUUCGGUAAGCUAUGGGGUUCCAAUCGUGGUGGAGUUAUGGCUGCCAUUCAAUAUGGUCGUCAAUAUCAAUUUGACUUUAUCCCAACCGGGUUGUUCUCACGUUUGAUGGUUAGAAUCUUGAAUUUCGCAAGUUCAGAAGCAAUUUGCUAUUGGCGUAAUGGUAUCAUUCUGCAGCGUGAGGGUGAGCAAGUUCUUGUGGAACUCGCAGAGAAUCUGAGAAUCCUUCGAUUCACAAUUAGAGGUGCUGGAAAACAAUCGGUUGCAUUGUUGUCGCGUGAUGUCAUUGAAACGAUUCAAUCAUUGCUACAAGACUCUUUCAAGUUGCAAGCAAAGGCAAUCACCGUGCCUUGUGUACAUUGUGUGGAGAUGGGUAAUGAAGAGGAUCCAUUCUUGUUUACUCUGCAACAAUGUGAGAAUGCAGUUCUCAACAACAUUCCCUAUUUGAUGUGUAGAGAUACUGUCAAUGUUCGUACCGACAAUCUCGUACCGGAUUUGUCAAUGGCAACAUUCUCUGGAACCAGAAUCACCAAGGAACAGCUACAAUUCCAAAAGUUGAUUGGAGAAGGUGGAAGCGCAUUGGUUUACAUGGGAAUGUAUAAAGGAAAGACGGUUGCAAUCAAGAAACUAAAGGUUGGUGGAGCCAGUGAAGAUGAGGACGCCGGUCAGGAUUCAGAGUUUCUACUGUCGAAAGCAUUCACAGAGUUUAGAAGAGAAUGUUGGAUACUCAGUGGAUUGGAUCACCAUGAAAACAUUGUUGGUUUGUUAGGACUAUGUUUGAACCCGCUGGCCAUCGUAACGGAAUUCCUUCCGGACGGCAAUCUCCACGGAUAUCUCAAUAAGCAAUCUGGUAAACGACUUCCCUGGAAACUUGCAAUCGAACUAUCACUCGACAUUGCUCUGGGUAUGGAGUAUCUCCACAGUUCAAGCCCACCGAUUUUGCAUCGUGAUUUGAAAUCCCCAAACAUCUUAAUGACCACGGACAAAGAGAAAGGAAGAAUCUUGGCAAAGGUUGCAGAUUUCGGUUUGUCUGGACUGCAACACACUAUCAUCGAGCGAUGUGUGGUCAAUCCCGUUUGGCUGGCACCGGAAAUCAUGUCGGGUGGUGAAGCAACUACCAAGAGUGAUAUCUACUCGUUCGGUGUCAUCCUCUGGGAGAUCCUGACCUGUUCAGAGUUCUUUGGUGAAAUUUCAUUCAUGAGCGUACUCGAGGAUAUGGUCAUUGCAGGCAAACGACCUGCCAUUCCGGAUUGGUGUCACCCAACAUUCACAAAACUCAUUGAAGAUUGCUGGAAUAACGAUCCAAAGAAACGACCACCAUUCACUGCCAUUGUAUCUACAUUAAAACAAUUACAAUCAUCCGUAAUUGAUAAAUAA